UAAAAAAAAAAAAACUGCAAAUUUCGAUCGCCCUUAAAACCCAAAAAAAAAAAUCUCAACCUAACCAAAAAGAAAGAAAAAAAAUCUUAAAAGAAAUAAUUAAUCUACCCCACGAAGAUGACCCAUACAUGAGCGAAAGGCUGUGGUCCCUCGCUAAUAGGGCUUCAGAGGGCUCUGCGCAUGUCUUUGGCUAACAAAUAUGGCCGCACGCAGUGGUUACGAUGAUAGAGAUAACAGAGAUUACGGGGGCGGAGGGCGAAGAGGCGGCGGUCGCAAACCGUUUCCAACGGAGCCCCCGUUUACGGCGUACGUAGGCGGCCUCCCGAUGGGUAUCGUUCAGGGUGAUAUCAACGACAUGUUUAAGAAGCUCAACGUGAAGAACAUCCGCUUGGUUAUGGAUAAAGAAACUGAUAAGUUUAAGGGGUUCUGUUACGUCGAGUUUGAUACGUUAAAAGAUCUCGAAGAUGCCGUCGCGAUGGAGGUUGAAGUUGAAGGGAAUAUGAUUAAGAUUGAUGUGGCUGAAGGUAAAAGAAAUGAUCGAGGUGGUUUCGAUAGAGGAAGGGGGCGAGGGGGGUUCCGUGGGGGACGAUCCGGUGGUGAUAGCGGAGGUCAUAAAGGUUAUAACGAAGAUUACGACGUUAGAAGGGGCCCUGGCAGAGGGAAUUUCUCAGAUCGUGAUAGAGGUGGUCAUAGAGGAAAUUAUGGUAAUUUUGGUGAUGAUACCGGUGGUAAUUGGAAUAAUCGGGGUGGAAAUCGGAAUGUGGGUGGUUUUGGUGGUGGGCAAGGAGGAGGAGGAGGUGGAGGUGGUGGUGGGCCGAGGAAUCGGCAAGAUAGGAAACCUUUCAAUGAUGAUUUACCGAAUGCAGCACCGGACACGUCGGGGAGGACGAAGUUAAAAUUGCAACCAAGGACAGUGACGGCUCCUGUAAACGCCAUCGCGGAGACUUCGCAGUCCUCGACAAUAUUCGGAGGGGCGAAGCCGCGCGAGGAAAAACUAGAUAAACUAUAAAUAAACCGUUGAUUUAUUAUUA